CCCUUCAGCCCCACGAACUGUCCUGCGCUCCCGCAUCCUCCCCCUGCCUCUGCCAGCUGCUGACCUCGCUCCUCUCCGUCCUCAAGUCGCCGGCAUGCAGCUGUUUGUCCGCGCCCGGGAGCUGCACACUCUUGAAGUGACCGGCCUGGAAACAGUUGCCCAGAUCAAGGCCCUCGUAGCCUCCCUGGAGGGCUUCACCACAGAGGAUAAGGUCGUGCUUCUGGCAGGUUCUCCCCUGCAGGAUGAAGCCACCCUGGGCCAGUGUGGGGUGGAGGCCCUGAUGACCCUGGAAGUCGUUGGCCGCAUGCUAGGAGUGGGAAAACGAAAGAUGGAUCGAGAGCGUCGCAUGUUUCAAGAAAAGUGGGAGCGAGCAUAUUUCUUUGUGGAAGUAAAGAAUAGCCCUAUGUGUUUAAUAUGUAACCAAAUUUUGUCUGUGUCAAAAGAAUACAACUUAAGGCGACAUUAUGAAACAAACCAUAGUAAGAAUUUUGACUGUUAUACAGAAAAGAUGCGUGAUGAAAAACUUAAUGAACUAAAAAAAGGUCUAAGCUGUCUACACCAUUUAUCAUCGAAUACAAACAAAAUAAACGAUGCUGCUGUGAAAUGCAGUUAUGUAAUAAGUGAAAAAAUUGCCCGGGCAUCAAAACCUUUUACAGAUGGUGAGUUUAUAAAAGACUGUCUGCUAAGUGCAGUGGAAAUCCUGUGUCCUGAACAGAAACAAGCAUUUGCAAACAUAAGUCUAACUGGAAACUCUGUUGCUCAGCGAGUAAAAGACAUGGCUGAAAACUUGCAAGACAAGUUACGAGAAAAAGUGAAGUCCUUCGUGAGGUUUUCUAUUGCAGUUGAUGAGAGUACAUAUAUAAAUAACACAAGCCAGUUGAUUAUAUUUAUCCGGGGUGUUGAUGAGAAUUUUGACAUCACUGAAGAACUUUUAGACAUGGUACCCAUGACAGACUCAACAUCUGAAAAUGACUUAUUUUUGAAGGUUGAGAAAAGUCUCGAAAAGUUUAACGUUGACUGGUCAAAAUUGGUAAGUGUGACCACAGAUGGUGCUCCUGCAAUGGUCUGUGAUAACAUCGGACUUGUUGCAAAACUUAAAUCCAAGGUCAAAAUGUUCUGCAGGGAUGCAGAGCUUAAAUCCAUUCACUGUGUUAUUCACCAGGAAUUGUUUUGUACUAAGAAGUUAAAACUAGAACAUGUCAUGGAUGUAGUGAUUAACACAGUGAACUGGAUACGCUUCCGGGGCUCCAACCACAGACAGUUCAGUGCCUUGCUUGAGGAAUUGGAUGCACAAUACGGUAACCUCCUUUACUAUACGAAGGUAAGGUGGCUUAGUCGUGGCAUGGUACUGAAGAGAUUUUUUGAAUUGAGAAAAGAGAUAGAUAUGUUCAUGUCAUCCAAGGGCAAAUCCCUUCCCCAGCUCACCAGUGAAGAUUGGAUCAGAGACCUGGCCUUUUUGGUUGACAUUACAAAUCACCUAAACUCUUUGAAUAUUUCUCUGCAAACACGUUCACAGGUAGUUACACAAAUGUAUGAUUCCGUUUGCUCUUUCCUAGCAAAAUUGAGUCUUUGGGAAACUCAUUUGGCAGUAAAUAACCUGGCUUACUUUCCUACACUGAAAUCAGUUUCCAGAAAUGAAAGUGAUGGCUUAAUCUACAUCCCCAGAAUUGUAGAGUUGAAGAUUGAAUUCCAAAAAAGGUUCUCUGAUUUCAAACAUUAUGAAAAUGAACUGGCAUUGUUUAGCUCACCUUUCUCGGUUAACAUUGAUAGUGUUAAUGAGGAAUUACAAAUGGAAGUUAUUGAGCUGCAGUGUAAUACGGUACUGAAAACUAAAUACGACGACAUUGGAAUACCAGAAUUCUAUAAAUACCUCAGCAAGAGCUACCCUAGGUAUAGAAACCAUUGUGCAAAGAUUCUGUCCAUGUUUGGAAGCACCUAUGUCUGUGAGCAGUUGUUUUCUGUUAUGAAAUUGAGUAAAACUAACUUUCGUUCCCAGUUAAAGGAUACAGGAUUGAAUUCAAUUCUACACAUUGCAACUCGAAAUAUGAGACCAGACAUUGACAUCUUGGUGCAGAAAAAAAGGUGUCAGGUUUCUGGUUCUAAGUCAAAGGAGUAAGAGAUUAUGAAAGAAGAUUUUAAUAAUUAAAGAUUUCUAUUUUUCAAUGUAUAUUUUUAAAUUUUAUCUUUGAAAUAUCCAGUAUUAUAAAUUUUGUAUGUUUUUUG